UCUAUUGCGAAUGAAUCAUCAGUUGAUAAGGUUGCAUCGCUUGUUUCGGCCGACGCUCGGGAAGUGGAGCUAAUAAUGGUGGAGGAAGUCAGUGUUAUUAAGGUAAUCUCGGAUUGUCUCGGGUGUGUGGAGUAUGAAGACCUUCUGAAGAAGCUGGAAGUUGAUGAUGUAGAAAACGUUAUCAAGAACAGUGACGUUUUCACUGUUGUACAACAAAACAGGAGCAAAAAAAUCCUGGUCACUACUAAAAUCAGGCGCUGCAGAAUCAGAGAGUGCCAGGAGACUUGCACUGACCUGCAUCUUUGUAAAUAUGGACUUCUGGGACAAUGCAACACACCAAGGUGUAAAUACGGCCACAGUCUGAAGACGGAGCACAAUUCCAGAGUUUUACGUGAACACGGCUUACAAGAUCUGAACAAAGAUCAACUACGUGUGCUGUUGCUACAGAAUGACAGCUCCCUGUUGCCCAACGUCUGUGUCUCAUACAACAAAGGCAGUGGUAAUUUUGGCAACUGUCCUGAUAAGGAGGCCUGUGUGCGUCUCCAUGUCUGCGAAAGGUACAUCCGAGGACUGUGUGAUGGCAGUGAGUGUAACCGAUGCCAUGAUUUCCACGAGCCUCAUCCAGUGAAAACACUGCAGGCCAGAGGAGUAGCCAGUCAACUGAUAGGAUCUCUUCUGCAGAUCUAUCAGAAUAUUCUGACACUAAAAGACCAUAGAAAUGCUCAGGAUAAACAUGGUGGCAGGAGCACGGAGUACCCUAAAUUUCAGCAACCCAGUAACAGAGCCAAAGAGCCCUUAGAAAGGAACAGAGUUAUUGAGAUUUGCCGGUCAUUUAUAAGAGGAACCUGCAAACACGGAGAUAAAUGCUGUCGUGUCCAUUUUGGCCUUCCCUAUAAGUGGGAGUUGGAGGUGGAUGGGGUUUGGAUCGAUUUACCUGACAGGGAAGUGAUAGAAAAAGACUACUGCGAUCCAGCCAAGAUCCACAGUGUUGGCGGUGAGCCUGUGUGGUUUGAGACAAUGAAGCAGGGAGAACACAGGGUGCGGCGUCUCUCUACAGUGUCUUCAGUGAUUGAUCCCAGCUUCAGCCACACUACCAGAUGGAUGUGGUAUUGGGAGGAUGAGUAUAAUAAAUGGAUCCAGUAUGGAUCAAUUAAGGAGAUGCACAGGCUGUCCUCCAUCACCUGUGAGGAGCUGGAGAAAAACUAUCUCCACUACUUGGAGGACAACAGCCAUGACGUGGUUAAAUUCACUGCUGGUAAACAGUGUUACGAGCUGAAUUUCAAAACUAUGAAGCAGAGGAAUGAAACGAGUAGCACAGAGAGAGCUGUCAGACGACGGCCGUUGUUUGUUUCUCUUUUCGAUGUCCGGAUUGCUAGAACCAGCGGAAGAGGUCCAAACUCCAGCUGUUAUACAGGUGUCCCAGGUUUCUGGGAUAAAUCUGCCGUACCUGAAUCUGGAUUUCAGAGAGUCUUCCUCGACUCCUCUCAGAAGGACUAUGUCAGGGUACAAGAACAUUUCUACAAGACUAUGAAGGAUUUUACCAUCCUCACCAUCGAACGAGUCCAGAACAAGGAAUUAUGGGAGGAUUUUCAGACGAAAAGAGCACGAAUGAAAAAAGCAAACAGCCACAAGAAAUACGGCGAGGGAGAGCGUCUGUUAUUCCAUGGCACCAGCACCAAGAACAUUGAAGCUAUAUGUCGCCAGAACUUUGAUAUGAGAGUAUCUGGAGUCAACGCGACAGUUUAUGGGCAAGGAAGUUACUUUGCCAGGGAUGCGAAGUAUUCCAAUGAUUACGCAGACGACUGUGGUGAAAGAUCCAUGUUCGUAUGCAGAGUGCUGGUUGGACAGUACACUAAAGGCUUGUCGUAUUACCGCAGGCCUCCGGCUAAAGACACAGCAGGGAAUCUUUAUGACAGCUGUGUAAAUGAUGUACACAAUCCUAGCAUUUAUGUCGUGUUUGAUCGCUCUCAGGUUUACCCAGAAUUUCUGAUUACUUAUGAGAAAUCCAGAUUUCCUAAUGUUAUUCAGUCUUCUAUUUUUGAUGAUGUCUUUGAUGUGAGCCGAAGAGCAGGGAGUGUGACUAGCACAGGCUCAUCUCACAGCAUCACCUCUGCUUCAGCUAGCACAGGAGAGACGUUAGCCGCCACGAGCAUGCCCAAUGCCUUGCAUUCACCAAGUCCAGUUAAAUAUGUCUUGUCAGAUUUUGUCAGCAAUGUUACAAUGAUUGCAGACAAACUAGAUGUAGACUCUGCAGCUCCGAAAAGUGAGCUGUCAGUUCACUCAAAGCCAACUCAGAGUUUAACGUCCCUCAGCAGGUUGCAAAAAGAGUCUUCUAUUUUUGAUGAUGUCUUCGAUGUGCGCCAAAGAGCAGAACGUGUGACUAGCACAAGCUCAUCUUACAGCAUCACCUCUGUUUCAGCUAGCCCAGGAGAGACGUUAGCCACUGCGAGCAUACCCAAUGCCUUGGAUUCACCACUAAGUCCAGUUGUCUUGUCAGAUUCAGACAGUGAUUUUGAGAUGGUGAUUAAAGACGCAAUAGUUGCGGCCCAUGCAGCUCCGAUAAGUAAAAGUCCGGUAAGUCCAUUCGCAUGUUUUUCAGAUGAGGCCAAGAUCUUUCAAGCUUCUUCUACCACUUACUUUUCAGAGAUGGAGAGUAAAACCCCCAUUAAAACCAGUUCGGCUCAUAAGCAGUCGCUUGACGUCUUCGAUGACAUCUUUAACGUGAGCCAGGCAACAAGUGUGAUUAGCACACGAUCACCUCAGAAGGAAUACAUCACUAGUUCAGCUAGUGCAGGAGAGGAAUCCUGUAUCUCAAAGCCAGCUAAGGGUUUGGUGAGCUCAACUGGGUUGUCAGGAAAGCCAUCUCAGGACCUGCUUACACUGGAGGAAAUUCCACUUUCCUCUCAGUCAAAUGAUCAGCUGCUGAUCUCGGUUAAGCCUAGCGUAACAGAUAGUAGUAUACGCUAUAAGAUGAGGCCAGACUUGGUCACUAAACAGAGAUCUCCACAGCAAGAUUCACCUGCAGCUCAAACAGGAGUUCCAGCCAACUUUUCCCAUCCACUUUUAUCCACUACACCAAGUUCUGGAGCUAGAAAUCUCAGCACCAAUGCCUCUUCCCCUGGCAGUCAUUCAGCAAGAGAAAGCAAGAUCUCGGCAAUGUACACACCCAGUUCCUCUUCAUCUAAUAAGCAGUAUCGCUCUGAUGGCUCCUUAUCCAGUUCUUCAGCUUCCUUUUAUGAAAGACAGCCUUCUGCUCUCUCCAGUAUACAAACUCCUUCAAAAAGCGUGAGCCCUCUACAAGCGUCACAGCAGAAGAAAGAUUUAGGAGCUCAAAGUGAGCAGAAACAAAAGUGUAGGCUGCAGUGAUUUAAUUUAAUUGCGUGCUUUAAAAGGCGAAUGAGGCUUUUAUAGCAUGUUUAAUACUGAAUGAAUGGUUAAAUUAAUAUUUGAUUGAAGUACUCAUUCGUUUCAUCGUAAACAAGCAUUGAUUUCAGACUGUGCAAUUCAUUCUUCGGUAAACUACCAUAAUUGCUGCUGUGUAUGUCUUACAAAUGGAAUGUAUAAAGACAUGAAUAGCCUCUUGUCAGACUCGCUGUAAAGCCAGACAAGUUGGCAGCCACUGGAAUAAGAAAUCUUCUGGAUAAA